UGCUUAAAUGGAAGCCACCUCUGGGAGCUGGAUGGUCACUAGUAAUACAGGCUUUGCAUAGCAGCUGUACUAUUCAAGGAGGCUGCAAUGAGUGGAGGAGGCGAACAGCCAGAUAUCCUUGGUGUGGGAGUACUGGUCAAAGAAAGAUGGAAAGUGGUGAAAAAGAUAGGAGGUGGAGGAUUUGGAGAAAUUUAUGAUGCCAUGGACUUGCUUACACGAGAAAAUGUUGCACUGAAAGUUGAGUCAGCUCAGCAACCAAAGCAAGUUCUGAAAAUGGAAGUAGCUGUGUUGAAAAAACUCCAAGGAAAAGAUCAUGUCUGUAAAUUUGUUGGCUGUGGAAGGAAUGACAGAUUUAAUUAUGUGGUCAUGCAGUUGCAAGGUCGGAACUUGGCAGAUCUACGUCGAAGUCAAACACGGGGAACCUUCACUAUUAGUACCACAUUGCGACUUGGCAAGCAAAUUCUGGAGUCCAUUGAAAGCAUUCAUUCUGUGGGAUUUUUACACAGAGAUAUUAAACCAUCCAACUUUGCUAUGGGGCGUUUUCCAAGCACCUGGAGGAAAUGUUACAUGCUGGAUUUUGGCUUGGCACGUCAGUUUACAAAUUCAUGUGGAGAUGUCAGACCACCUCGAGCUGUUGCUGGUUUCAGAGGGACAGUGCGGUAUGCUUCAGUCAAUGCUCAUAGGAACAGAGAAAUGGGACGUCACGAUGAUCUCUGGUCUCUUUUUUACAUGUUAGUGGAGUUUGUGGUUGGACAACUGCCCUGGAGGAAAAUUAAAGACAAGGAGCAAGUAGGCUCCAUAAAGGAGAGAUAUGACCACCGACUGAUGCUGAAACAUCUUCCUCAAGAAUUCAACACCUUUCUAGAUCAUAUUUCUACCUUAGAUUAUUUUACCAAACCUGAUUAUCAGCUUCUUAUGUCCAUCUUUGACAACAGCAUGAAGACUUUUGGGGUGACUGAGAGUGAUCUCUUUGACUGGGAGAAGAGUGGAGCUGAUGGUUCUCUAACUACCACAACAACUUCAACUACUCCUCAACUGCACACUCGUUUGACCCCAGCUGCCAUAGGAAUUGCCAAUGCCACACCAAUUCCAGGAGAUCUGCUGCGAGAGAAUACAGAUGAAGUAUUUCCAGAUGAACAACUCAGUGAUGGUGAGAAUGGUAUCCCUAUUGGAAUUUCUCCAGAAAAAUUACCUGAGUCUCCUGGACAUCGUGCACAGGAAAAGGAUGUAUGGGAGGAAAUGGAUGCAAAUAGAAACAGAAUAAAACUGGGUGUCCAUAAAGCUGCUACAGAAGAGGAAAACAGCCAUGGGCCAGUUAAUGGCAUUCUUAAUGCACCAAGCCUUGGCUCUCCUAUUAGAGUUCGCUCAGAGACCACACAGCCAGAUCGGGAUCUCCCGCUAGUCCGGAAGUUGCGAUCAAUCCACAGUUUUGAACUGGAGAAACGUCUGACCUUGGAGUCAAAGCCAGAUACGGAUAAAUUUCUGGAAAUCUGCAUGGAGAAGAAGAAAAGAGAACUUAAUACUGGAAAGGAAUCCGCUGUUCUGGCUUUUCAGAAGACACUCAAACCUGCAGUUUCUUCCUGUCAUGAACAUGUUUGGCAUUAUGAUGAAGAAUACCUACCUGAGGUUUCCAAGCCUAUUUCUGGUGGUUCUCCUGAACAGGGUGAUGGUGGUGUUAGCAAUGGAUAUGUGGCUGUCAAUUUGAGCUCCUGCCAGCAGGAGGUUGACUCCAAAGAAUGGGUGAUUGUGGAUAAGGAACGAGACUUGCAGGAUUUUAGGACUAAUGGAGUUCCCGGGCAUAAAACUACUGGAAGUCCUUCUGAUGAAGAACCUGAAUUGCUUCAGGUCUUGGAGGAGUCCCCACAAGAGGCUAAGCUUACAACUCAUACCAAGAGUACAGCCUUGGGAACAGCUUUGGAACUAGGCGUUGAAUGCUGUGGAAUUGCAGCUUCUGAACAGUAUGCAGAUCAAGUAGAAUUCCCAGUUGGAACUGCUGGCCAUCUUCUUGCUGUCACACCUACAAGCCUAAUGGAGGCUCAGGCAGAGGGGGCUCUUACUCCACUCAGCUCACUUCACAUGCUGCAUUUCUCCAUCCCAAGAGUUUCAAGUCCCAUCUUCCGUACCCUGAGCCCUAUUGCCCACUUCACCACCUGUCUGGAGCCUAAGAAAGAGUCUGGCUUCCCAAGGAGUCAUUCGGCAGAGAGCCAGUCUUCCUCUUCUUGUUCAGCUGCCCGUAGGCAACUUCCUGUCAUUCCUGGUGGAAACAAGUUUCCCCCUGUCAUUCGCAUCUCAAAAGCACAAGUCCAGCAGGUUACAAUACCAAGACCAUCAAUGGCAUCUACACAGUCUGCUUCUGAGAGUUUUCAUUAUGGUCAGCAACUAGACAAAAAGGAUCGGGAUCCUCACCUUCUGGAACAUAACAUUGGACUUCCCUCUCCUAAGGAGAACCAUGCUAAUUCUUUGGUGGCAAAUGAUGUAUUAACUCCUAGUGGUAGUAGAACAGAUCUUGUUCUCAAAUUAGACCAAAAUCUAGAAGCACUGGAUAAGGAGGGGUGUGUUGGAGAAGGUGUUGGAAUCCGAGAUCAUGGCCAAGCAGAUCUUCUGGAACAAUACAUAAAAAGGCAAGGAGAGAGAGAACUUACAGAUCUCUUUGAAGAAAACAAACAGCUUUCCAUGGGUUGCAAAGAUGCCAUUGAAACACAGACUAAAGGACUGUGCUUAACUAACCAAGGAAAUGCAGAGGUUGUGUUGGAUGAGCCUCAGGCGCUUACAGAACCAGAAGAACUGAAGCCAUUGACAUCCUGCUCAUUGCCAAAUCAAGAUGCAAAACAGGAGUUAUUGAAGCAGUCGGUAGCUGAAACAACGGAUGUUUCUUUAUCAAGAAGUACUGACCCAUUUGCUCAGAAGCUGGAAAAUCAAGUACAGGUGCAAGAAAAUGGCUUCCAUGAUGAAGGAGAUAUUGAUCAUGCUGAAGAAGUGCAAUGUCAAAAGGAAAACUUUGCCUCAUUUUUGCAUCAAGAAGCAAAAGAAGAACAAAAAGAUCAAAGAAAUGGUGAACUAUUCCACUCUGUUUCAGAAAAUGAAAGUUCUAUUCAGUCCAAGAAGGAGUUAGUUAGGUCACCAUUUGUAGCUAGACAGAGUCGCAUUCCAGUUUUAGCACAAGAUAUAGAUUCCUCAUCAGAGUCUUCUCAUGUUUCAGCAAAGGAGAAACUGUUUCUUAAAAAAGCCCAUCAAACAGACUUGGUUAGACUCCUGGUAGAAAAGAGACAACUCAGAUCUUUCCUUGGUGACCUCUCAAGUGCCUCUGACAAGUCAUUGAAGGAAAAAGUAGUUAGUGGUCCCAUGCCACUUUCUGAAGAUGUGUUGUCCUCCAUUUCGAAACUAACAUUGGACACUCAUUUGCACAGCCAAGUAGAAGAGAGUUUGUUGUUACCGAACAGUUCUCAAUCUCGGAAAAGCAAAAUUCCAAGACCUGUAUCUUGGACUACAACAGAUCAUAUUGGCAAUUCAAACUCAGCUCAGUUUUUUCCUCGGCCACCACCAGGAAGACCACCAACAAGGCCUGGAGUAGAAGCCAGGUUACGCAGGUACAAAGUGCUAGGAAGUAGCAGCUCUGAUUCUGACCUGAUCUCUCGUCUGGCUCAAAUCCUUCAGAAUGGAUCUCAGAAACCACGGAGCUCUUCUCAGUCUAAGAGUCCAGGAUCCCCACAUAGCCCCAAAACACCACCCAAAAGCCCUGUCAUUCCCAGACGCAGCCCUAGUGCCUCCCCUAGGAGCUCUUCUUUGCCCCGUACUGCCAGUUCUUCCCCAUCCCGGAGUGGACGGCAGCACCAUGACCAGAGAAGUUCAUCCCCACAUCUUGGAAGGAGUAAAUCACCUCCCAGUCUUUCAGGUUCUUCAUCUUCCAGGAGGUCUUGCCAGCAAGAGCACUGCUAUAACAAGUCUAACAAAAAUGGUCUGAAAGGAUCUACUGGCUCUUGCCACCACUCUUCUAACAUUAAAUCUCCCACAGCGAAAAGCAAAUCGGCCAGUAAACUUAGCAGAUAGGAUCUGAGUCUUGUCAGAUGUCAAAGCCUUCUCUGUAAUCUGAUGCAUGUUGUGUCUGUGUACUGUGUAUUUAAAAAAGAAAGUCUACAAAAAUCAGUGCUAAUACUGACUUUCAAAGAGAAACAGCUCUAAGAUAAAUGGUUUAAAAUGCGUACUUCGUGAAAGAGUGUUCAGGCAUUGCCUAAAAGCAGGCAGCAAGCAGAUCAGGUUGGCUGGAGAGCAUCAGAAAACCUGAGAUAUGUGAAACAUUCAGAACAAAUACAGUCUCAGAAGUGGGUGCUUUUUAGCAAGAUUUUGUUUUUGGUUUGUUUAAUAAUUUUAAAAAUCCCAAAUUUCUCUUAAAAGUAAAAAUCUUAACUUUUACCAUGACACCAUAACAUCUGAAGAUACUAUUCAGUUACUCAACUGUGUGUUUGUAGAUUUUUUUAUAAGAAGACAUUAUUUGGAACAAGAAGAUUCCUUUAAUACUCUCUUUCAGUACUGGCAUCACACCUUGAUUCAAAGUUGCUCACCACCCAUGCUUCGUCCUGGCUAAUGCCUCCUUCCAUUAACAACAAAACAAAAUUUCCUCUUUUUUACCACUGUAUAUGGGCUGCAUCUUUAUAUAUAGAAAGUCAAAUAAAUUAAUGGAAGCCAGUGUCAUUUAACGUUUAGAUAGAUGUUCAUAGGAUAACAAACAAAAACUUUAAGAGUUUCAGGAAAAGAACUUUUAUAUACCCUUAAUUUGCAGGUCCUGAGCAUUCUUCUAAAUUGCUCUUUAGACCCUGUCGCUGGACAAUUUCAUCACUUAUCCAUAUGAUAAUUUUUAGAGCCAGGGCAUUUUCCUUCAAAUUUCCAUCAUAUAAUAAAUGAAGGAUCUGGAAAUUCUCGCAAGCUGAAUUAGAGAAGGAAAACAGGAGACUGUAGAAGAACCUUGUCAUUUCAGCCUUUGUUAACACAAUAGCUUCUCAGGGUACAAAGGAGAACCAUUUUUAAAGGUAUCCAGAAUGUACCUCUUGGGGAUGUUUAGCCCAUUGAACCUUACAUGCACUAUUCCUUUCCAAUGUAACCUCAUUGAAGGAACAGUCAGAAUCUUUACACACACACAAUUCAGCGCUAAUUUAAUUAAUUUAAUUUCACUUUAGAAGGAAGUCUUUGCAUGUACUAUGUCAGAGAAAAUCAGCAAUCCCUUUAUAUCUUUUAGAAUUUGGGAAAGAAUACUUGGCAGUAAAACCUACUGAUCACAAAGUUGUUAUUCCCAUUUCAGUGACCCUAAACUUACAUUGAAACACGUGUUCAUUACUCACAUGUUCAAGUAUGGUUACCCACUAGUGGUCUAAAUAGGAAUGCUGAAAUGUGGGAAGCAGCACAGAGGAAAUCAGUGUUUUGAGAUUGUCUUACACUUUUAGAACUGUUAUUCUCUAUAAAGCCAGUAGCUUCUAAAGUUUCCAUAUACUUUUCUUAAUUAUCUGACAAAGGAAUGACUUCAUUGUGGUGUUCAGAAAUCAUUAGUGGAUUAGAAAAGUAAAACAUAAGACUCUUUUAAAAUGAAACCAGCUUUCUGAAUUAGUACCUGUUAGGGAAGAUAUGAAACAUGAAUACUGAAUACAUUGGCACAUACUGAUCUGCUUGCUAUAGUCAUAUGCCUCUAGCCAGCAUAAAUACUUUUUUAUUUAACUUUUAUUUAUUUAAUUUCAUUUGCUGCCAAAAUAGUAUAUUUGGAUGGAAAAGGGAAUAUUUUCUCUUUAAGCUAACACAUUUCUAAUGCUGCAUCAAAGCUGCACUGAAUUUCUAUUGUUCUGUCAGAAUGUGUUGGAAUUUUUUUACUCUUAAUGUGUAUAUUGUUUCCCAUAAGUAAUGUAGCAGUGUUGAACCAUGGCCUCAUUCAGGUUUCAAACAUUACAGAGGAAUGCAAUGGGCAGAACAUACCUGAUGUUACUUGAGAAACUGUAUGAUUCAAAAGACCUAUUCUGUUGUAUUAUAUUGUAUAAUAGGUGCUAUAUCAAUAGUUGCAUGUUCUCCUGAUAAAUUAUAUAUUAUAAAUAUUUAUAAAUACAUAUAUAUGCUUCUCUAUACUUCCCUACUUCUCUUAUUUCCAUUUGUAACAUUAUGAGCCACAGACAAUGCAGUAGUCUUUCAGUUGUGUGCCUGAAUUUAAUACCCUUGGCCUUGCUGCUUCCAUUUCCUGGCAUGCAUAAAGCUGAAAGUCAUCUUGCCUCAGUUCAGGACUGAAAAGUUGGUGAUGGUUCAGCAAUUCAGUGUUUGGUAUCAGCUUUGCCAUUUGCUGUUGAAUUUUUGGAUGAAAUGGAAAGACUCGGAGGAAUUGUUCAUGUGAUGGCCAAGUACAAUGCAUAUUCCUGUUUUUUCUUCUUCUCUGUUUUGUCCCCAACAUCUCUGCAUCCCAUCAUGAUAAGCUUUCAUUUUUAAUUGUGCCUCAUGGUGAUGCACACUGAGUCAUGAUAAACAAGUCAAUAUGAUACAAACAAGCCUAGAUUUCCUCUCUGUUCUUGUCUUAUCACCACUGUCCCCCAGUACUGUCACUUCUCCAGUUUCGCUGAGAACUCUUUCCUCUUGGGCUAUGAUCCAAGCAUUUUGGCCUCCAAAUAUCAGAUUAACAUAGGUACAGCCAACUAAACAAGUUAUCCCGUUAGUGUGCUUUCAAUUCUAUUUGAUCUGUCCCCUUCUGAGAAAAGCCUUCCAGGGAAUAAUUUAUUGUGUGGCAAAGCAAUUCUAGUUAAACAAGAUGUGUGGAAGAAGUAUAUGAUCUUGGGGUAACUCGCAUUGAUGCUAUAAAGCUGUAUGGAUUCUCCAUGCUUAUGGUUCCUUAAGGCAACUAAUUGAGUCAAUUUGUUUGGUUUCUAGGAGCCAAUAAAUAGCUUCCCCUCUUUCCUUCUGACAUUUAAAAAACUGUUUGCAGUAUCUGCAAUCUUACACUACAACAAAUGACAUGGUGUUUCUAGAAAAGCCAUUCAUAAAGAUGUCCAGAACAUCAGUGUGGUAAGAACAGUUCCCCUUGCAUGUAGGGAGAUGCAUAUCCCAAAGAUUGACGUUCAUGCUUUGCUGUCAGGGACAAAACAGUAUCUAUCCUAUGCAUUAACUUAAAUAGAAUGUUGUAGAAAAAUAGUUAAACAUUUCUGUUACAUAAGGUAUAUAUAUUCUGAAAGUAAUACUCAAAGCUAUUUUCCAUUGAAAUACAUUUGUAUUUUUCCCAUGUUUUUCUAAUGCUAAUAGACAUAGGCUAAAUGGUAAUUGUUGCAAGCACAGAUUGAUUUCAGUGUGUUUUCUUGUUGCAACUGGACAAAUGGUUUUCUGGAGUGUCACGGUAUGAAAAACCUGAUAAAAAGUACUGAAGUGAUGAGAGGAGAGCCAGUUGUUUACUAACUGAAGCUUUAAGUUAGCAUAGUGGACCACUACAAAACUUUUAAUUUCUCUUUCUUAAUCAGUGGUUUUAUUUCUUCAUCUCUUAUGAUAGUUUCUUUGUAAUGUAUAUUGCUUCCAGAACCAAAAAGGUAUUGUGUAAUAACCUUGAGGUAAAACAGAUUUAGCUACAUAUACCAGUAUCCUGUUCAGUACAGUAUCUAGGUUUACGGAACUCCAACUGCAGAAGUUGACACUGUAAUCUGACCAGGUCACAUGGUCAAGCCUGUGAGUGUUGCAUGACUGGCAUAUUGUUGGAUUGCCAGAGCAGCUUCUGCAGUUGGAAAUCUGCUCAUGUAAAUGUUGGGACAGGAUACUGGCCAUAGUAAUGAAAUUGCACUUAUUACUUCAUGGAAUUAAUAAGAACUUAUUGUUCUAUUUUGUCUUGAAGAGUGACUCUUAAUUUAAAAAUGUAAAUCAGAGGCAAGGCAAAACUAAUAUACAUUGGUAGGGUUGAAUAAGAAUAAAUAAGACUAAUUAACUUCUCAGCUUGAGCCAGGACAAGGAAUAGUUGCACAAUUCUUUCUGUACAUGCUGCAGGCACUUCCCCAUAAAUGGGAAUACUUAGCCAAUGAGAGUUUUCUCCAUCUUUCUUCAAAUCUCCUCUUCAUUUCUAUGGGGAAUGCUACCUUAAAUACAGUUGUAAAGGAUAAUAAUAGAUACUUGUUGUACAGAUGCUCAGAACUUUUGCCACUGUGCUGAAAAUUGAUUUUACUACUUUGGGUUGCGGGGGACUACAUUGUUCUGAAAGCUUGGAUGAGAAUCAGAGAUUGAUCCUUGCUAAACUGUUCUUUAUAGCACUUUUUGCACAGUUUUACAUGUGUUACUUUGGAGCUGCUACAUUAUGGUGUGUAGUUCAUACUUUGAAAAAAAUGAAUUAAUGUUAAGUCACACAAUUAGAGAUUUAAUGCAGGCAAACAACACACUUUUCUAGGAUAGCUGGAAGAAUAUUGACGCCAUCAGAAGCCCUUGCAUUAUGUUGUAGCUGUGAUGUUUGGGAAAGGUAAGCGUCUGGAAGCUAUGUUUCUGCUGCACAUUUUCAAGAUAUCAACAUAGGUUUUGUGUUUGCAAAAUGGUCAUGUGCUAUAGCAAGAGAGAGAGAGACUUUUGAGAUUUUCUGUUCCUUAACAAGAAACUAUGGAGCUCUAAAUGUAUUCUUUUAAAUUCAGAGUACUUCUGAUUUUAGUUUAACAGUCCAAUAUGUGUGCAAAAGUCUGAAAAGUUAUUUUUUGAUUACUCCUAUUUUGAAUAUAGUUUUUUUAAAAUUGAAUGCAGUGAAAAGAGACUACCAAUAUUUGAAGAUCUGCUAUAAUUCUAGUAAUCUCUUUUUUUCCUUUUAGUUAAUCUGGAAGUGUAGAGUUUUCCAGCAGAUCCCUUUCAGUUCUUCCCUGAAAUACAUAUAAGACAAUAUGUGACUUGUCUACAGCAAUAAUCUUCCUAGAAAACAAGUAGAAAGUUAUUUCCAGAAAACAAAGAAGAACAAUCUAACAAUAAUCUUAAUAACAUGAGGACAACUAAAUAUAUUCCAAUAUUUAUUUAAAUCCUUUAAGAGUGUGAAAGAAUGGCUGUGCCUGCAUUUUGAAAUUUGUUUCUUUAAUGUUCCAAAAUUAUUUUAUUAACUAAAGUUGAACCUUUUAAAGGAGAUAAACAUCAUAGUUGUAAGCACUUGGUUUCAUAGCUAACAGAAAUACGUAUCUUGUUACUUCUAUAGGUUUAGCAAUGCAAGGUGUGGAACAGAUCUCUUCCAGUAUAUUAAGAUGAAAUUCAGUGAUGAGCAUUUUGUUAUCUUGAGCCACCAAAAUACUGCUGUUCCCAAAUUAACGUGCCAUCCCCUUUAGUCAUGAUCCUUUUGCAUUUCAUGCUAAGGAGGCUCACUUCUUCCCACCUAGAUGACGUAGAUCAGUCCUGCACAACGAAUUGAUCCUAUUGCUACCUCUUUGUGUCAUAACAUCUGGUGUCUUAUUGGUCCAAUACAUUUAUAUCCCACAUUCUUGUUCCAUUUAAGCUGGGGAAAUGAUUGGUGGAUCCAGCACAAUGCUCAUGCCUCAUUGCCCACCUUUUACAAGAUUGGGCUGUAAUAGCUAAUUGAUCGACUGAUCUCUUCACUGUUUUAAGAACUGCUCAGAACUCUUUGAAUUUUUAGAAUAGUGCCUGAUUCUUUUCUUUUUGGACAACGAUAUUGAAGGACAACGAUAUAAACAAGGGGAAUUUGUGCUUUUGUUUCUUGCUUGUAUUGCUUACUCUUCUCACCUGCUAAUUUUGUCAGUAAAACAGGUUGAUGAGGAUCAGUGGGCACAGGCCUUAAACCACGUCCGUCAUAAAUUAUUGUUAUGCAUGUAUCUUAGUAACCCUUUGACUGAUAAAUGUACAUAUAAGCAGGAAUAUGUGUAUAACACAGCUUUCUUUAAAUUUUAACCUUCCAGUUUCUCGAGAAUCCCACAAGAACAGUUUUUUGAAAACAAAUUGAACAAAACUGAAUGGUAAAACCCUCAGAUUAUAAGACCGUAGGCAAAUCUGUUGCCUAUGCCAUUGGCAUUUAUAUAAUCACAGCAGGCUGUGUGUGUAUAUAUGUCUAUAUAUAUAGGUGCAUUGUGUGUUGGUCUUUUUUUUUAAUUUCGUAAUUGCACCACAACUUUAUUCUUUUAAGUAGUUUUAGUCUCUGUUCUCUCUAUAGUAACUAAGUAUUUAUUAACAGUAAUAAUGGCCAAAACUCUAGUGCUAGAAAACACUUCAAUUUAACUUAAUGCAGUUUUAGACUAGCAGCUUGCUUUUUAUAAGCUCAACUCAGCUUUCUUGUAGGUUACUCAAAGAAAUUGACUUUUUCAUUCUGCAAUAAUUGGUCAUAAAGGUAUGUUUUCCUUUAGAAAGCACUGUGACGUGAUAUGAAGAAAGACUUUGGAGCUGUGGUGUUCCUUCUACCCCUUCCCAUCUGUAUAGAAUUUUCAUGCAGUUCAGUGGGUUCGAGAGUUUGGAUGAUGGUUCAGGAUCUCUCUUUCAUUAAUGCUAGAGAUGGCAGCAAAACAUCUGAGCAGGGUUGGAAAGAAGGGUUCAUUAAAGAAAAGGAUUCUUCUGGCAGCCUACAUAGAUUUAGAAACAUUAGUAUUUGGGGUCUUCAACAAGAUUUUUACUUUGGUGUUACAAACUGGAUUUUAUCCACAGUUUUAUGCUACUGCCAGGAAUAUUCCAAGUGGGGUGGUUCUCAGAAUGCAACUGACGGUGAAAAAAUUGGCUUGAAAUCCUUUGUUAUUUUUCUGUCCUUCAGGACUCAGUUCCCCUUACUUUGCUAAUUCCAUAGGGUCUUCCAGCACUACAAAUUAUUACUUGCAAAUGGACUAAAACAAUGGGCCUAACAAGAAAAUAGGUGUGUAUUUGCAAAUAUUUCUCUCUCAAAAUAUGAAAACAUGCGUUUUGUGGUGGCAGUGUAAGGUGACUUUCUUCUGCUUAUUAUAAACACUGUUACUCUGAGGAAGUAGUUUUUGUGCCGAAGAAUGUAGAUUAUCUUUGUUCAUCCAAAAACAAGACUGCAGGUGGCAGCACAAACUCCAGCAGGAACUGAUCCAUGUUGAACUUCUUGAGGAUGAGUGUAUUUCAUCUCACUCUGUUAACAAGUUUGUAUGCUAGAAGGCCAUAAAGCAGUUUCCAUUUCUCUUUAGGAUGCGAAAUAACAGUCAAAUCUUCUUAAAUCUGUGGAUCAAGAAAUGUUUUGGCUGUCUUGGCUAAUACUUAGCCAAGUAAUAUUGAGGGAUGAUGACAACAUCAGGAGAACCAGACAUUCUUUACCCUUUGCUCUAGAAGAGCAGUAGUGUGUGUCUGGGUAGGCUUUCAGGCUCAGUUGCAUGCUGUUCCUCAAUGAUCAUAGUGUGAGUUUCUAAAGGUUAUCUUCCAUCUGCUUUCUUGAUGAAGUAUUAGUGCCUGAACUUGUUUCGUAUUUGCUUUUCUCUUUCUCUCUCAUUACAACUAGAACCUAAAAAAAGGAAAGAAAUAAAGUCUUCGAAACCAAGAUUGAACAUUGAAGCAGCAGGCUGUUACUUAUUUGAAAUCUCUUAAUAAAAGUGAAAUACUGUAGUUGACAGUUAGGAGAAAACUAGAUGUAUUAUUUAUUCAGAAAAUGUUUAGUGACAAGAAUCCUACUAGUGAUUUAUGCUGGUUUAAAUGUAACCCAUUUAUGUGAAUUGCUGCUAAUUAACAAGUUGACACAUGCCUCAUGAUGUGCCAGUCAUGUGAAUUGGCACAUGGAAAGGAAUGUAAAUGACAAUUUGUUAAUUAGUGACAAUUUGCUGUUAUAAUUUACCCAGUUACACUUAUGUCAAUAUAAAUCCACAAAUUAAAUCCUGGCCAGGAUCUCAAGGAAAAUGUUACAGGGAUGAAUUUAGGCAAGAAGUUAUUCUGGAGAGGUUACUUAGCAUUGUCAAGUAUUCCAGUCCUUUUCUUUUCCUCUUCUUGUUUCCCAAAAUCCAAUUAGAUGUGUAUUUAUAAUUUUUGCUAAGUCAUUCAAGAACAGAAGGUUUUGGCAGUGUAUUUGUAAUGGUAAUUUGUACAUAAAGGUGUAGUUAUUUAUUUUACCCCAUUUGUAUCAUAUCAAGGCUUUGUAAAUGUUUUAAGUUCUGUUUUCCAAAUUAUUUUGUAUUUUAUUUUUAUAAACUGGUUCUAAAUAAAAAUCAUUCAGCAUGCAAACAAU